AUGGCCAAAUGCAUUUCGUCCCCAACCUCUUUGGAGUCGAGUCAGUAUUUGGUGUUCAACUUUCUUUCUGUUCUCACAUUCGAAAAACAAUUUCAAUUUUUUAAUUACUUUGCGAAUUUUGGAGAGUAAGAUCACACUUUCAUUGUUAGACUUGGCCAGACAAUCAAAAAAUAUUUGCAACAUGCUUUUUUCUUUGUGUUUCUUCGUAAAGACGAAACUCCUAUAAUUUUUCGAUUUAUCUUUUUUGUAUCAUUAUCGUGCAAAUUUGAUCCUAAUAUUUUUUUGCAGGUCUGAGAAUAAUGCUAGAAUGACGAUAACCUACACCUUAGAAGUGAGUCGUGCACGCUUCUGGGGCUUUGUGAAGCUGCUGGGCCGAUGGAAAGGCUCUGUUUAUCGGCUGAUGUACAGGGAGAUGUGUGCUUUCCUGGUUGCCUAUUACAUUAUCGCAUUUACUUAUCGUUAUUUUAUGACGCCGCCAUACCAGAGGUAAGAGCUAUGAUUUAGAAGCAGUGUCCUGAACCGGUACAAUUUACGCCAACUUUGCUUUCAGGUGGUUUGAAUCUUUUGCUAUUUACUGCCGAGAACUGUUGUCAGUUGUUCCCAUAACGUUUAUUUUGGGAUUCUAUCUGAGUUUUGUGGUGGGAAGAUGGUGGCAACAAUACAUGGCAAUCCCUUGGCCAGACAGGUAAGAACUAAGUUUUUAAGAACAUCGAAUGAUUGCUAACAAUGUAUAUUGAAGUAAUAUUUGUCUUUAGAUUGGCCAUUCAGAUCUCGGCGUACGUCCAGGGCAGCGACGAGAGGGGCAGGAUCAUCCGCAGAUCUCUCGUUCGUUAUCUUAAUCUGAUCUCGUUGUUAACUUUCCAGGUAGCCCUAUUUUUUUACAUUUUUGGUUUUUUUAAUUAGUUUAUGUUUUUGAUUACAGCAAACCUCUACUAUAAUAAAAUGCCGUUUUCCAACUUUGGAUCACAUGGUUGAAGCCGGGAUAAUGACGCCAGAAGAGAAGACCGCUCUUGAGAACACCCCAACACCUCAUGGAAUCUGGUAUAAAUCCAAAUUUCCGAACAGAUUACCCUUGUUUAGGUGGGUACCGGCUCAAUGGUUUGGUCAACUAGCAAUGAAAGCGAGGAAAGAAGGACGGAUUCAUGAUGAUCUACACUUGAAGAGCUUGAUUGAUGUAUGGAACCUCAUUACGUCACGCUUUUGUUAUUAUACGUUAUGCACACUUUAACGUUUUUAGGAGAUGAUUGAAUUCCGCGGUCUUUGUGGGACAAUCUGGUCUUAUGACUGGAUAAGUGUUCCAUUGUCAUAUACCCAGGUAGUGGCUAUCGCUGUUUACAGUUUCUUUUUGUCAUGUUUAUUUGGACGACAAUACUUAAUCCAAAAUCGGGAGCAUGUAAGUCACUGAUGUUUGGAGUUAAUUAUGAUUUAUAUUAUUGUUUAAGAGCUCCGUUUCUGGAUUUGACGUGGACUUUUACUUUCCAGUCUUCACAAUUUUUCAGUUUGUAUUUUAUGUUGGAUGGCUGAAAGUGGCGGAAGGGAUGAUCUGUCCUUUUGGGGAGGACGAUGAUGACUUUGAGUUAAACUGUGAGCCAAGUAAUCUCGGUUCAAGACUUUUUGUUUCAGGGAUUAUGGAUCGUAAUAUACAAGUGUCAUACCUGAUAGUGGACCAGAUGCAUGUGAAUGGACCAAAGGUCGGAAAGGAUGCCCUUUGGGGAGAGGUCGAGACGGAUAUACCUUACACCCAGGCAGCAGCUGGUUAUCGGCAGGCUCCUUACUUCGGUUCAACUCAGGCCAUGAACAUAUCGGAUCGGCAAGCCGAAUGGAAUGUCCCGGAACAAAUGCCGAUCAUUGAUGAAGAGACUGGCGUACCCGUGCAUCACAAGGACUUGGUGUUCAGUCGAGAAGCUCUGAAGUUUACAAAAAGAAGAAAGACAACGAGAACCAAGGGUAUGGAUAACAUUGCCGUGAUUGUGCUGUUUUAGGUGAGGUAGACGAUGAGAACGAGAAGUCGACCGAUAACGUUGAUGAAUUGGAUACUCGGAGUAAUUCUGUAGCCACCAGUGACAUGCAUUCAGGCUCUGAUGACGAAGAACGGCAUUCAACAGGGUCGACGUACGUUGAUGUUUUUGAAUUGAAUAUCUUUUACCAAUUUCAGUCAAGUGGAUGAACGAAAUAAACGACGGAGGUUGGGUGAUCUUCUUCCUGGAUACUCUCGGACCAAUAUUGCAUCUCGUCUUGGUUCAAAGCUUUCAUUAAACUCAAUUUAUUCAAGUAAAAGGAAAAGGUCAUGCAAGUAGGCGUGUUUUACAUUGUUUUUCCAAUUACAGAACAAAAACAUCACCGAAUAUGAGUAGGAACAAAUCGGGAAGCAAAGGGAGAUUGUUUCGACACAUGAGCCGAGCUUCUAGUCCAGGACAUCUGGAAACUCCAGAGGUUGGUUAACAUGAUGUAAGAAAAUGUAACGAUUUAGACUCCCAGCGAUGCAGGAGGACCUUUGAUGCACAGUACACAACAGAUCGACGAGACAGUCAGCACUGAGACCCCCCAUCUUUCUCAUUUUGCACCCAUCCAGAUUGAUGUACCUCCUCCAUUGGCGGAAGAACCGGAACAGUAUUACAAUAACAGUGGGUGCGAUACGAUCUCUCAGAUAAACCCGAAUGGUCAGUCCAGCAAUGGCAGUGCGGAUCCGUCCAUUUCCACCAGCAGAACUCUGCUGAUUCAGAAGGCCUCCAAAAUUUAA